CGGAGGCAGAAGUUAACUUCCACCUGCCCUGAAGUCGCCGCUGCGCCGGCAGCAGGAGGCGGAGGCGGAGGCGGAGGCAGGCGGGGCAGCCGAGGACCCGGCUCUGGCAGGCUCCGAGGGUCCGGCCGAGUGUAAUUCCCCCCUAAUCCCCGCCACGGCGGCGCUUCCCUGGCCGAGCCAUGUCUGCGGCUUCCCCGCCAUGCCGAGCCUAGCGGGGAGCGGGAGGACUGGCGGCCGGGAGGCGCACAAAAUGAAGACCCUGAUGCGCCACGGGCUGGCCGUCUGCCUGGCGCUCACCACCAUGUGCACCAGCUUGUUGCUCAUGUACGGCGGCAUCGGCAUCGGCGGGGGCCACCCGGAGCCGCGGCGGCGGCAGCAGCAGGUGGCGGCGGUGCCCAGCCGCCCGCCCGAACGCGGCCAGCGCCACCCGGCUCUGCCCGUCGGGGCCGGCCUCCUGGAGGGCUACAUCAGCGUCCUGGAGCACAAGCCGCUGAGGAUGCACUGCAGGAGCUGCGCGCUGGUCACCAGCUCGGGGCAGCUCCUGGGGAGCCGGCAGGGCCGCAGGAUCGACGAGAGCGAGUGCGUGAUCCGCAUGAACGACGCGCCCACGCGCGGCUACGGCAACGACGUGGGCAACAAAACCAGCCUGCGCGUCAUCGCGCACUCCAGCAUCCAGAGGAUCCUCCGCAACCGCAACGAACUCUUGAACAUGAGCCACGGCGCCGUGUUCAUCUUCUGGGGCCCCAGCAGCUACAUGAGGAGAGAUGGCAAAGGCCUGGUGUACAACAACCUGCAGCUGAUGAACCAGAUACUGCCUCAGUUAAAGGUGUACAUGAUUUCUCGCCACAAGAUGCUUCAGUUUGAUGACCUUUUCAAACGGGAGACUGGGAAAGACAGGAAGAUAUCCAACACUUGGCUUAGCACGGGCUGGUUCACAAUGACUAUCGCAUUAGAGCUCUGCGACAGGAUAAAUGUUUAUGGCAUGGUGCCACCGGAUUUCUGCAGGGAUCCUAAUCAUCUUUCAGUACCUUAUCACUACUACGAGCCUCUGGGGCCAGACGAGUGCACAAUGUACAUUUCCCACGAGCGGGGCCGCAAGGGCAGCCACCACCGCUUCCUCACGGAGAAGCGCGUCUUCGAGAACUGGGCUCGGACAUUCAACAUCCGCUUCUUCCAGCCCGACUGGGAGCCACAGCCGCUGCCUGGAGCCCAGCCCGAGGCCAGCCCGCUGGCCUGAGCACGGACACAUGGACACACAGACCCAGCCCGCUGGCCUGAGCACGGACACACGGACACACAGACCCAGCCCGCUGGCCUGAGGCACGGACACAGACCCAGCCCGCUGGCCUGAGCACGGACACACGGACACAUGGACACACAGACCCAGCCCGCUGGCCUGAGCACGGACACACGGACACAUGGACACACAGACCCAGCCCGCUGGCCUGAGCACGGACACAGACCCAGCCCGCUGGCCUGAGCACGGACACACGGACACACAGACCCAGCCCGCUGGCCUGAGCACGGACACACGGACACACAGACCCAGCCCGCUGGCCUGAGCACGGACACACGGACACACGGACCCAGCCCGCUGGCCUGAGGCACGGACACACGGACACACAGACCCAGCCAUGGCACCUCCCACAGGAGCCUCUGGGCUGUGGGCCAGCACGGCAGCCUGGAGGAGAAGGGUCCCAGGGUGUGCAGCGGGCACGGGCAGGACCAGCAGGCAGGAAUGGCAUGGAGGAGCAGCACACACCCCCAGUACUUGCUGUUGAACUGUAUGAACCCAGUCUGUCAUCUUUUGGGGCCAUCUGACGUCCUGUGUGUGUUUGUGAUUCAUGAAACACAAUCUGAGUGUCAUUAAGGUACCUUUAACUCAUUAUGGCUUUUUUAAGUACAAUGCCACUGAAUUUUCAUAGUGAAAACUUUCCGUAUUUAUUUAAUGGACGUUUUUAUGCAACCUAGGCCAGUAUUUUUCUAAUUCACAGUUAUGUGGUUAUCUUUCAUAAUCUUUUAAAUCCAAAAUUAAUAUUGCUGAUGGUUUGAAAGGCCUAGCUUUUUAUUUAUAAAACUUGUUUGAAAUAUAUAAUUCGAUAUGGCAUGUAAUUAAUAUUUGAUCAAGAAAUGUUGGAUUUCUUCUAAGAAUUUUGGGCUCCAUUCCAGCCUAAAGCCUUUAACAGCAAGAGUGGUCCCAUGCGCAGAUCCAGCUCACUUUACAUUCUAACAUCUUAUGUUAAUAGGAAAAUUAUAGUGAAAAUUCUGUUUGAUAUUAAUGUGCAUUUGCUGCUGUGCUGUCGAGCUGCUGUUUUUUAAAUAGGGGUGGGAGGAAGGAGGGCAAACAAAAUUUAUCCACAAAAAGCCAAACCCCCCCACUGGCCAUGGCAGCAGCUUCUCAGUGAAGACAAGCUAAGGCUGGAGGAGUUGUGUUCUGUUUUGCCUCUUGUACUCCUGCAAGAGGCUGCCAGCAACCCCCCUGGGGCAACUGACUACGAACCAGGCCACAGCUGCUCAGCACAAUGUCAUCAAAUUUCUGGAAUGAAGAAGGUAAACUACCAGUACUACAAUACCAGUCAUGGUAGCCAAAGAGAUCACAGCGCUGCACCUGCAAAAAUCUCUGCUUUCCACUGUCCCAAGAUCAUCACUGAUCUCGGAGAUUCUGGAUCACACUCAAGCUGGGAUGAGAAAAGUGUUCCAUGAGUACAAAAUUGUCCUCCUGAGAGGAGCAAAGUUAAACUCUGCUUUUUUUUCCAUGAAGUCCCUGUAUGUGGCGAGUCCCUGCAAGACAAAGGGGAAGGACAAUGCUCAUGCUGUGUAUGGAACCUCACAGGGGGAAUUACUGGGUUACAUGUGGCUUGUGAAUAAAGAAGAUUUCAGUUA